UUUUCAUUUGAUUUAAUCCAUGCGCUUUCUACUCCAUCUCAUGUGAGAUUACUUGCUGCUGCUCCUCUUGCGCGCGCUCUCUCUCUCUCUCUCUCUCUGCUUUGGCUUCCACUUCCAGAUCUGAUCCUAGAAAUAGUUAAGGAAGUUCUGCAAUGAUAGAGAGUGCACGAAUUCAGCUGAACCGAUGGCAACAGGCUGCAGUUGCGCUUGGCUCUGCAGUGGGUGCAUUGGUAGACCCACGAAGAGCAGAUUUGAUAGCAGCUCUUGGAGAAACAACUGGGAAGCCUGCUUUUGAAAGGGUUCUUGAGAGGAUGAAGAGAAGCCCAGAAGGCAGAGCGGUUCUCUUGGAGAGACCACGUGUUAUAUCUGCAAAAGUGGGGCAUGCAUGGGAGUUGCCAGCAAACACAUUUGGUGCUGCCUAUGCAAGAUUCAUGGGAUCCAGAAACUUUUCCCCAGAUGAUCGCCCUCCUGUGCGGUUUAUGGACACAGACGAACUGGCAUACGUAGCCAUGAGAGCUAGAGAAGUGCAUGACUUCUGGCACACCCUAUUUGACCUCCCCACGAACCUAAUUGGUGAGUCAGCACUGAAGGUGAUAGAGUUUGAACAAAUGUACCUUCCAAUGUGUCUAAUGUCUGUUGUAGGGGGCACAGCAAGAUUUAGUGAGAAGCAAAGAAGAUUGUUCUUUCAGAGCUACUUCCCAUGGGCCAUCCGAGCUGGAAUGCAGUGCACAAAUCUCAUGUGUGUAUAUUAUGAGAAGCACUUUCAUGAGGAAUUAGAUGAUGUCCGCAGAAAAUGGGGUAUAAUUCCUGCUCCUAUUGCUCCUAAACAAGAUAUAGCCUGAUUGAGGAUUACUUUACCGUGUCACUCAGAAAAAUAUGUACAGAAAUAAAGAAAGAUUUGUUGGCGAACAUGAUAUUGUUUCUUCAUUACAUGUUAUUUAUGUUCACUAGCAAGCCUCUCAAGACAUGCAUAUUCAUUUGUGCAUGAGUGAGUGUGUAUGCUUGGAUAAUCCAUGCUGCAUUUAUAUUGAGCGAAUUCAUUUAUGUUUUAAUAGCAUUGACAAGGGACCACAAAAUAUUGGUCUGUAACAGCUGUAUUUAUAAAACUGACUUUUUCCCCCUUUCUGCA